AUGAUUCCAGAAGAAUUACAAAUGAUUCAAACAAUUAAUGAAGUGAAUAUACCAAUAUUCAAUAUUACAAUUCAUGGAAUUAAUGAUCAUGUAAAUGUACAAAAAUUAAUUACAUUCUUAUUACCAGAAUAUGAAACAAAGAAUAUUGUUGUCAAGGUAUUAAAUAAAGGCUAUUCAAAUCAAUUAAUCUUAAUUGACCAUAAGAAACAAUAUUCAGCUUCAUUAUCUUCAAUACCAUCAUUAAUUAUACGUAUUUAUGGGAAUUUAACAACAUCAUUAAUAGAUAGAACAAAUGAAAUGAAAUAUAUGAAAGUAGUUGGAAAAUUCAAAGGUUUUCAACAAUUAUAUGGAAUAUUUAAUAAUGGAUUUGUAUAUUCAUACAUUGAUGGUUGUGAUAUUUCAUUGGAAAAAUUAUAUGAUAUAAAAUAUGGCAAAUUAAUUGCAGAGAAAUUAGCUCAGUUACAUUGUUUAUCGAUUGGUGAAUUUAUACAACAACAAAAUAAGAAAAUCAAUUCAGAAUCCCAAUUAUUUCCAACAUUAUUCAAAUGGAUCAACCGACUUGAUGAUGAAUUUAUUAAUUUAUCAAGAAAAUUAAAAAAAUAUGAAUCAAUUUUUCCAAGUAAAUCUUAUAUAUUCAAUGAAGUGAUCAAAUUGAAAGAUCAAUAUCUUACCAGUCCUAUAUCUAAAGUAGUUUUAUGCCAUAACGAUCUGAAUGCAGCUAACAUUAUACUGGCUCCAGAUGAAAAUUCUGUUCACCUGAUUGACAUGGAAUAUUGUGACUUAAACUAUGCUGCAUACGAUAUUGGUAAUCAUUUUUGUGAAUUUACUGGACCAUAUGCAAUAGAGUUUAAACGUUAUCCUUCAAUUGAAUAUCAAAAAGAAUGGAUAAACAUUUAUUUAACAGCCUAUUAUCAAUAUUCUAAUUCAAAAUCAGAUCUUCAUUAUAAUGAAUUACAAUGGAAUAGAUCUAAAGAAGAUUAUAUAAAUCAAUGGAUUAAAGAGAUUAAUUGUUUUGCAUUAGUAUCUCAUUUACUUUGGGCUGUUUGGGCAGUAAUUUGUGCAUCGGAAGACUUAUAUUCUAUGGAUUUUCUAGCUUAUGCUGAUUCAAGAAUGAAACAAUAUUAUUAUAUGAAGAAAUGGUUACCGUCAACAUUUCAAUUACCUGUUGUGUAAUUUAUAUUUACAACUUUCAAGAAUUUUCAUAAGCUAUCAUCUAAACCAGAGAUUUGACCAUGAAUGUUUCCAUGUGUAUUGUGUAAUGGACAUGUGGAUGGCAUACAAAUAUCACCGUCAGUGAGAACAUACACACACUCGAAAAACAUCAAAUAUUACAGGAGAAUUCUUUAUUGUAUACACUAAAGUCAUCUGCCUUAAUUCUGUUCUAAAUGAUCUUAUCUAUUAAAAUAAUUAAUAAGUAGGAUAUUAAUGCUUUAUUCUGUAUAACAUGUUUGUAAUAGAAAAAUUGGUGAGAUUAUAAUCUAUGGAUGACCUUUGAGUGACCCCAAAGUGACCUUGAGAGUGUUGACCUAGUAACUAGGACCAAAUCAGGGUUAUGAAACAUUGUGGGGGAUUACAGUUAUGAUUUAUUGUUGAUAAUUAAGAUUAGAAAUUAAAUUUAGGGUUUUCAUCACGAACUGACAUCAGCUAUAAUGCCAAAACUCUAUUUAGCCAAAUGGAUGAAUGAAUUUCGUGUCAAAAUCCGAGACCUUAUUAUCCUAUAUCUGACUGAUUCGUCCAAAAAAACUAAUAAUCUGGCCGAAAAAUUUUGUCAUCUAACCUUUAAGCAAAGAUAGAUGGUAGUUAGCAAAAGCAAUCCAGGAUGCAUGUUUCGUCCUAUCUGGUUUUCAGCAUCUGGAUGUACCUACAUACAAAGAUGAUAUUCACUCAAAGACUGAUCAAUAACGAUCUCAAACGUGCAAUGCCAAGCGGCGUUCGGGAUGGUUGGACGAAAGUUAGGGGCGGACAAACCAAAACGUGGCAUCAGUGCUUGAAGUCACUAACUUCUGGUCUGAGCCAUGUUGGUGGAUGCAGACUAGUUGGUUGGGGUCCGCGUGACUAUCCUCACCAAUGGUUGAGACUGUCGGUGACAUGGCUCAGAAUCGAUCACAAUGGCGUCGGUGUAUACACUCUCUGUCUUCCUUUAAACUAUGAGAUUAAAAUCGCUUCAUAUCUUUCUUUCUACGAAUUAAUUCUUUCUUCGUGUACUAUAUCCUUAUUGCAACCAUUCUUUUAUAUAUUAACACCUCUAAAUUAACUACUUUUAUGAAUCCGGUGUUCAUGUUGUUGUGUUAAUGAGGUAUGUCAACUUGGACCGAUAUACAUAUAUGUGCCUGGUCCUACAUUGAAGCUGACUGAUUGACUGACCAAACAUCAAUGGGAAGAUUCAAACAAAUAAUACAAAAAUAAAUUAUCCAUUUAUCUUUUAAACAUGCUUUAAAAAAA